GGGGAAGACUACCGGGAAAGGACCUGUCGGGCCGAUUAGGGAAAGGAAAGGAAGAGGAAGGGCGAAGAAUCAUGACGGCUCUGGUGGCGGUGUGCAGUGGUGUAGGGAGGAAAAGCUUGACCACUGCUGCAGUCGGCUUCGCGGAUCGCGGAGCUCACACGGUGCUGUGGAGAAGAAGUUGUGCACAGUAUAAACAGGUAGCCAGCAAUGAGGACCUGCCAAUCCCGAUGGAAAACCCCUAUAAGGAGCCCCUUAAGAGGUGUGUCUUGUGCGAGAAACGUGUGGAUUAUAAGAAUGUACAGCUUUUGUCCCAGUUUAUCUCUCCAUUUACCGGAUGCAUUUACGGACGGCACAUAACAGGUCUUUGUGGGAAGAAACAGAAAGAAAUAACGAAAGCCAUUAAGAGAGCUCAGAAAAUGGUGUAGGUAUGUAUGGAAGUCAGAAGAACUUGUGGAAGACGGCUUGUUCCUUCCGCUGAGGGAGUCCCAAGAAUCCAACUAAGGUUGUCAGUCUUCACUGCAGAUGUCUGUGCCAGCUGAGCCAGCUCCCAGGCCUGAUUUUGCAAACUUCUGUGCUCUUUUCUGUGUUGUGAAACAAGGCUAGUUUCUCUUUUCCAAUUUGAAGAAUGUUGUAGUUUAAAAGAAUGCAUCUUUAAGUCUCCCUUGAUAACUCGGGGAAGCUGAAAGGUCGGGACUCUGAAAUAAAAGCAUCUUAGCUGGG